GACAUCGAAAUCAAUAGUUCAUUCUAAAGAAACUAUUCAAGAAAGACCUCCACAGGAAUAUACUGAAAACCACAUUGAUGCAGUUGUAACUUUUGCAACGGAUCAAAAUAUACAAAACGAUAACAAUGAAAACAUCCAGAAAGAGAACACUGAUUUGAAAAAUUCUUGCAAUGAGAAAAAAGAACAGGAUAUUAAAAGUCCAGAAAAUAGCUACAAUAACAAGAAAUCGGAAGAAACAGUUCAAUCAGAAUCAGUAGACAUGACAAAUGAAAUAACAUUUGCCGAAAUAGACCAAACAAAUUCAUCGUCUGAAUCUAAUUCUGGUGUAAAUCUAAAAGAGAAUGGAAACCUGCGAUCUGGUGAGAGAAAUAUCAGCGCUAAAAUAAAUUUCUACAAGAAAAUUCAACAGCUUAAAGGUUCAAAUAAUUUAAUGCAUGUGAGUAAUACUUCUCUAAAGACGGAGGUUAGUAGAGAGGAGAAAGCAGUCCAUGAUUUACUAAUGGGCAAUAUGCAAGUUGAAUGCCUAAGUGAAGCCAAAAUCGUACGAAUAUUUACCAGCAGUACAUUCACAGAUACCCAACACGAACGAAAUUACUUAAUGGAGAAUGCUUACUGUAAACUGAAGACUUUCUGUCAACAAAAUGGCUACCAGUUUCAAGUUGUGGACAUGCGUUGGGGUAUUGGACAAGAUGCUACCAAUGACCACCUAACAACCGAGUUGUGUAUGAAAGAGUUGAAACUAUGUCAGAAACUUUCGACCGGACCAAAUUUUGUGACAUUCCUCUCCCACAAAUAUGGUUAUCGACCUUGCCCCAGAAUCAUCAACAAAGCUAUCUUUGAAAGGUUUUCAUCAGACAUUAACUCCGCCGAAGACAAAGAACUCAUACAUCGUUGGUACAAAGAAGACCUUAAUUCGUUGGCUCCCUCCUACAUUCUUCAACCAAUUGGAUAUGUUCUUCCAUUGUUUCUCAGCCACAACGAAGAAGAAAGGCAAGAGGCCACACAACAGUGGAAUAAAGAAAGCAGCCAACUAAGAAAAAUUAUCUGUGCAGCAGCUAAACGUCUCCUUGAAGAAGAUGAAGCCAGGCGUUUCCUAAUGUCAGUCACCGAAGCAGAAAUUAUGCAAGGAAUUCUUGGAACAGACCAACCUGACCAGCAUUGUAUUUGGUUUAAAAGGAACAUAAUCGAUAUUGAGCACCAAAGUAAUGAUGAAUAUCUAAGCAGUUUUAAAGAACAACCUAAUAUUUCUGAGGAAUUCGAAGAAUCCCAAAAUUUACUCUACAGUCUCAAAAAUGAUAAGAUACCAUCCAUUUUGAAGGAAAACAUCAUGACGUACGACGUAGAAUGGAGACCAAAAGCGAUCUAUAAAGCAAACCGAUCAAUACUAAACGACACCUUAUGUGAAGAAGUUCGGCAUCAUACGAUAUUUUGCCAGAGAAAAUGCAAAUCAUUUUUCGGAAGGAAUGAUCUUUUGAUGGACAUAAAAAAAUACAUAUUAAAUGACCGGAGCCAGCCAUUAGUUAUCUACGGUUCAUCAGGAUGUGGUAAAACAUCAGUUCUAGCAAUGACGGCUAUGAAAAUACAUGAGUGGACCGAAGGCAAGGCUUCAGUUAUUAUUAGAUUCCUUGGCACCACUCUAGCCAGCUCAGAUGCUAGCAGUCUUAUGAACAGCAUAAUUCAACAGGCUCAAUACACAUAUUCAUAUUCACAACCACUGACGUCGGAUAAAAAGAAACUUGAAAUUCAGUUCCACGAGGCUCUACAGAGAAGUUCUUCCGAAUGUCCACUAGUUUUGAUUCUAGAUUCCUUGGAUCAACUCAAUGAUAUGGGAGGUGGGAGACAGCUAAAAUGGUUGUUACGAGAUAAGUUUUAUCCUCAUACAAAGAUAGUGUUGUCCGCCUUGCCAGAAGAGGAGUACAUUUGCUUUCCAAAGCUCAAGGCAUGGUUAAAUGACGGAAGCCAGUUGAUACAAGUUACCUCAUUGUCUAUUACCGACGUAAGAUCCAUCUUGGACUACUGGUUGCACAACAAUGGUCGAACUCUUACGAUGAGUCAGAGAAAAAUCCUGCUCAACGCCUAUGAAAACUGUCCCCUUCCACUCUACUUAAAAUUGUCUAUAGGCAAUGCUUGUGAGUGGCACUCCUAUUCGGAUCCGUCAACUACAGUAUUGCAAUCAUCUGUAGAAAGCAGUAUUAACACACUCUUCCAAUGUACAGAGAACAAACACGGCAAAUUACUCGUAUCAAGAGCUCUUGGUUACUUGACAUUGGUUCAGAAUGGUUUGUCGGAAUCGGAACUCGAAGAUAUCUUGUCAUGUGACGAUGAAGUAUUGAACGCUGUUUAUAUUUACUGGACGCCUCCUAUACGAAGAUUACCUCCCCUUCUUUGGGUUAGAAUAAAAAAUGAUCUAGAAGAAUACUUGGUUAACCGAGGGUCGAAUGGAAUUCAGGUGUUAUACUGGUAUCACCGACAGUUUAUAGAAGUGGCUAACGAUCGCUAUUGUUUCGACCCAAAAGUCAAAGAAAAACUGUUUCAAGGCCUCAUCGACUUUUUCAGUGGGACUUGGGCUGAUGGAAGAGCGAAACCGUAUGUUGGAAGAAAUGGUCAGAGCGGAAGAUCGGAUCGGUUAGUUACAUCACAGCCUGUUCAAUUUAACAACCGGCCAAACCUGAGGAAGUUGAACAUUCUUCCUUAUCUCCUUACCCAAGGCAAAUCAUUGCAGCAGCUUAAAGACGAUGUUUUACUAAACUUCAACUUUUUAUUCACUAAAUUAAAAGCUACGUGUGUUAUGGAAGUUGUAAACGACUUCUCGUUAGCAUUAGAAAAAUUUCCUGGAGAAGAGGAUCUCGCAAUUGCUAAUAAGGCAAUCUUGUUGUCCCAGAAUGCUUUAGACUACGACCCGAACCAACUAGUAACACAGCUCCUUGGACGAUUAUCCAAAACGCCGGUGGCGCAAAAUCUAUUAUCGCAAUGUAAAGAGUCAGGUGUAGCCUACCUUGAAGCUGAUCAAAAUGCAUUUGCCUUACCUGGAGGUCAACUAAUUCAUUGUAUUCCUGCACACAAGAAGAAAAUUAUUUCAUUUGAUAUGAGUUCUGAUAAGAAGAUGGUCGUAACCUUGUGUUCGGAAGGAAUCGUGAAGUUCUGGGACAUAGCCAAAGGAAUUCAAUCUAGUCGUUUUGAAAGCGAUACAGAUAAACCUGAAAAAGUGCAGUUCUGCUGCCAGAACAAAUUUGUCGUUGUCAAUCCGGAGAGAAGUAUUAUUUUCAUCAGUGUUCAGACAACAUCGUUUUCACAUAACAUCGAAAAUAAAUCUCUCGGGAAAGAUGGAAUAUUUGUACCAGAACCCUUUUUUGAAGUGUGUGGACCGGAUAAAACCUUAAUUGUUUUUCACUGUAUACUAUCUCUUUUUGUCUGGGAUAUUCCUUCCAGAAAACUAAAACACAAGAUAUAUUUAGAAAAUGAGGAGAUUGCUGAGGAAAUAAACUCAACCACUCAAGCGGCAGGUUCAGAAGAAUAUUUUGCUCUUUUAGUCAUGGGAAUCAUUUUGGUCGUACAUCUGGAAACUGGUGCCACUAAAAGUAUCAACGUAGAAUCAAUAGUUGAAGAAUGUGACAUUGAUGGAAUCGGUCUGUGUCCGCUGAAUUCAAUACUUUAUUUUGGAUGUCCAGAAGAUGGCACUUUAUACACUUCCAAUUUGAAGGAUUGGAAAGAAGAUAAUGUCAAGCAACUUAAAGGUAAUAAAGCAUAUGCUUUCGAGAAAUUUCACAUAUCAUCAGAUGGCCAAGCUAUUUAUUUCUCCAGGAAAACGACACUUCGGUACUGGGAUCUAACUACAGAUGAGCUUUCAGUACUCAUCCCUCAGAAUGGAUCCGACUUAAUUGAUUUUGGUAUAGUCAGCAAAACUGUUGCUGUAAGUGUGUCAGAUGACAGAAACCUUCGAAUAUGGGAUUUGACUUUAACACAAAGCGAUGAUAAUAUGCAAGACAACAACUAUGAUUACGUCUGUAGUGGAUCUGUACGAAAAAUACAGUCUUUGAAAAACGGACGCUAUGUAACAUUUGAAAUAGGUUUUGGUCCUCUGUACUGGUACAUUUACGACGUCUGGAACAGCAAAGUUAUCAUAGAGUUGAAACUGGAAAGGGCAACUUGUGCGACCCUGAUUAACGAUUAUAGUCUUGCUGUAGUAAAUUCACAAAAUUAUUUAAAGAUUGUCGACUUGCAGUCUUGUCAGAUUUUAGUAGAACUUACUGAACCUGUUUCACCUGGAGUGAACUUUGUGCCAAUUAAAGAAGGUAAAGUUGCAUAUUCAGUCUUAAGAGAUUUAGAUUCAGCUAACAACUACAACAGCAACAACGAUAGCGCUAAGGGCCACAACGUAGGUCUGGUCUUUAUUGACCAAGAUGACAUAAACAACGUUGUCUAUAUCAUUGAUCUAAUGAAUUACACUAUCUUACAAAUACUGAAGUCAUUUGAUGUCGAAGGCAGUCGUGCUUUUCUUAAGAAUGUAACUUGGUACCGUCAAGUAACAGACGAUGGUUCGGCCAUGAUCAUUCUCGUGGAAAGGUUUCUAAACGGAGGACAAAUGCAAUAUUUUAGUCAUGCUGUUGUGUGGGACAUUGAACAUGGCAAUGUACAGUGUAUGCUGGUUGACCACGAGUACCUUGAAGCGAACUCUCAUGUGAAAUCAGCCUCCUUCUUAUCAGAUGACCAAUCCGUUUUAUCUAAUCAUAAAGACAACGUGAUAAGAAUAUUCUCGGUUAAAUCAGGUUGUCUGUUCAAACGUCUAGAACAACAUCACAGCAACAUUUCAACCAUCGUUAUACCAAAUGCUCAUCAUUGUUAUCUACUUUCUUACUCUAACGAAGAGGUGGUCUUUUGUCUUUGGAGAAGUGAUACCUUUGAAAAUCUGGCGACUAUCAAACUAGACGAAAAGAUACGUGACCUCAGCGCUUAG